UCAAACCUCAGAAGAACCAACGAGAGAGAGAGAGAGAGAGAGAGAUGGCGUCAAGGGUCCAAAGGAGGGUGGCAUUGCCCCGGAAGUUUAAGUUACUCAGAUCGAUUACCCAGUCCAAAUCGGUGAGGAAGAAUUGCAUUAUAUUGGAUGCUCUUAAUUACAUUAACCAACUGAAGAUCAAAUUGGAGGCCUUGAACCUUGAAUAUGCUAACCUCAUCCACAAUCCAAUUCAAGUCCCCACGGAGGUGAAAGUAGAGAAGAUUGAGAAGGGAUUCCUAGUGGGUGUGAAAUGCCAAAAAGGGAAAGAUUUGCUUGUUUCGAUUUUAGAGGCAUUGGAGGUGACGGGGCUUAAUGUUGUUCAUGCAAAGGUUUCGUGCAACAACUCCUUUUGCAUGGAAGCCAUUGCCGAAGCUCAGGACCAGACUCAGGAUGCCCGGGAAGUCCACGAAGCAGUUUUCAACGCUAUUGCCAAGCACGUCGAUGGGGGGAGAUAGAAGGAUAGAUAAGG